AUGUCUAUCCUACUAGAGAUGUAUCAUGCUAUCCAAGCAUGCGUCGCUAUGGUCGCAGCUUUGCUGUCAGCCAUGGCAAUCUAUAAUCUAAACCAAUGGGAGCCACAAGCCGAAACUGCGUCACGUUAUUCGAACAUGGCUUCUUCACAGCUUCACAAAACCAGAACCACACAAACCAGCGGUGCAUUAGCUACCUUGCUGUCUCUUGUGUCAUCCGUGAUAUGUGUCGUGGCCGUAUCAUCUGGAGGGAACACCACUCCCUUUUUGCUGAGUGCCGCAAACAGCGGAGGCCUUUACCUGGCAUACUCCCAUAUUGGAAAUUUCUGGCGCGAGAAAGGCAAAGUACCUUUUUCGCGGACCUACAAUGAUGGUGUCAGAUCUUCGCAGCAAUUACUGCAAGUUCUUGGCGUACUGGGUGUCAGCUGGGCGGCGGCGACAGCGAUAUACCUUUUCAGGGCGAUAGUGUAA